AUGAAUAACGACCAGUUCCGCGCGCUACUGCGCACCUCCGACACGCCUCAAAGUGCCUCUAGCGGCACGCCCCGCACCCGCCCGGGCGCCACCCCCGCCGCCGCCUCUCUAGGCUCGCGCCUCCGCUCCAGCAUCCCCAUGACGCCACGUACCGUCCGUGGCAGUGGCGGCGUCGACUUUGCGCGCCAGCUGGCCGAGCAGCGCGCCGGCUCCUCGCAGCCCGCAACCAAAAAGUUUCGCAGCUCGGCCGCGCCCAAGGGCACGCGUCUCGCGGCGGGGUACACCGAUCGCGCUGCGGCCCGCGAGGAUGACGAGGCUGACGACCGCGCCCAGCGCGUUAAUGCGCUCGAGGAGAGCAUGAAGUUGGGCCAGAUUGACCAGGCGACGUUUGAGGCGCUGCGGGACCAGAUUACGGGCGGAGAUAUUGGCGCGACGCAUUUGGUCAAGGGGUUGGAUCGGAGGUUGUUGGAGCGCGCGAGGAGAGGCGAGGAUGUCUGGAAAAGUGGCAGUGGUGGUGGGGAUAAAGAGUCGGCGCAGAAGGAACCGAGCCCGGAUGUUGACGAGGAGUUUGACAAGUUGGAGGAGAAGGAAAUUGCGCCUGUGGUGCACGAGAAAAGGGAGAAGAAGGGCGAAGUUGCGGCAAUGCCGCCGCCAGUAGCUGGCGCGAAGCGCUCGCGAAACGCGAUUCUUGCGGAACUUAAGGCGCAGCGAAAGGCGGCGGCAGAGGCAAAGGCCGCAGCGCAGCCGCAGCUAGGAAACAGGUUCAAGCGGAUUGGGGAGCAGAAGGAGGUUUUCCCUAGGAUUGAGAGGGACGAGAGGGGCCGCGAGGUCUUGAUCACGAAGGACGAGGACGGCAACAUCAAGAGGAAGGUCAGGAAGAUCAAGGCGGGCGCCGAGGGCGAAGCAGCUGCGCUAUUAAUGCCGGACAAGGACGCAAAGCCGCUGGGCGCAGACGUCGAGGUGCCGGAUCUGCCGCCUGCGCCUGCAGAAGAAGACGAAGACGACGACAUCUUCGAAGGCGUGGGCGACUCCUACGAUCCCCUCGCCGGAAUCGGGUCAGACUCGUCCGAAUCGGACGAAGAGGGCGAAGAAGGUGAAGUCGAACCCUCUGCGGUGCCGAAAUCGCCGCCCUCAAAACCCACGUCUCCCACCUCAGCAGAAGCCGAAGUCUCCCCCGAAUCCGCAGCAGCAGCAGCAGCAGAUGCCAUGCCGCCACCCCCUCAGCCCACAACAGCACAACCUGCAACCACCACCGUCCCCAAAACGAACUACUUCAACGAGCCGUCGAGCAAAACGACCGAGCAGCCCUCGCCCCCGCUCAACCCACUGCAAGACGCAACGAUCCUGGCCGCGAUCCGCAAAGCGCGGGACAUCAAGCCGGACACUCCGUCCUCUGCGGCCGCCAGCGCAGAAGAAGCAGCGCGGCAGAAGCGGCGGGCCGAGAUGCUCGCGAGCGCGGACCGCGACUUCGAGGACAUGGACAUGGGGUUCGGCGAGAGCAGGUUCGGCGACGCAGAGGACAUGGAGGAAGGAGGCGCUAAGGUUAAGCUGUCGGAGUGGAAGGGCGUGGGUGCUGAUGGUGGUGAGGAGGAUGAGGGGCGCGAGGGCAGGGGCGGCCAGAAGAGGAAGCGCGGACCGAAGAAACGGAAGGGUGAUAAGGAGAGUGUGGGCGAUGUGUUGAGGGUUGUCGAGCAGAGGAGGGGUGGCGGUGCGAAGUGAGUGGGGUAGGUAGGAGAGGGUCCUACGGUCCCGUUUGAGAUCUGCGUGCGCUCGGAAUGGCUCGUGAGGCUGGAGAGGAAGGCCGGAUACAUGGACUAGCACGUGCAGAACAAGCAUGCCUACACAUCAAAACCACACCCACACACCCAACCUCCCUCACUACUACGCGCAUAUACACACCCCUAGGUACAAACCCACUCACUUACUCAACCCCUUUAUCUGCACCACGCACCACCAGCGCCUUGCCAGCACCUGCACAGCACAAGCGCGCGCAGCCUUCCUAUACCCACAAGCAACACUCGGCGUCACAGGCACGCAUCCUACCACAGCGAGGGCGGACAAGCGGCAAGCCGGCUUGUAGGACAAGAACAAGAAC